CUUUGCAACAGGUCAACACAAACAUCUCUCCCUCUCUCUUAAAAUUUCUCUCCUUGUCUCUAGCUAGGGGCAGUUCAAGAACAUAGACAGCGAGUUCGCCUUUUCUUGAGGAACAGAUCAUUCAUGGAGAUGGAAUCGUGCGUUCCACCGGGUUUUAGAUUUCAUCCCACAGAGGAAGAACUUGUAGGCUACUAUCUCAAGAGGAAGAUUGACUCUUUGAAAAUAGAUCUAGAUGUUAUCAUUGACAUUGAUCUAUACAAAAUGGAGCCAUGGGACAUCCAAGCAAGAUGCAAACUAGGGUAUGAUGAACAGAAUGAGUGGUACUUCUUUAGUCACAAAGACAGGAAGUACCCAACCGGGUCACGGACAAACAGGGCUACGGCUACCGGAUUCUGGAAGGCAACGGGGAGGGAUAAGGCUGUACUUUCAAAAAACAGGAUCAUAGGGAUGAGGAAGACCCUGGUUUUUUACAAGGGUCGUGCACCUAAUGGCAGGAAAACUGAUUGGAUCAUGCAUGAGUAUCGGCUCCAAACUUCCGAACAUGGACCCCCUCAGGCAAAAGGAUGGGUUGUCUGCCGAGCAUUCAUAAAGCCAAGCCCUAACCAAAGGCAAGGUUUUGAAUCAUGGAACCAUGUUUACCCUGUUCGGCCUCCAAUUUCAGACAUAGGAAGCUCAUCUCAUAUUGUUUAUCCGAAUCAAGGGGCAAGUUUUUAUCAGUCCUCUUAUGGUUCGGACCGUGACCUUGUUUCCAACCACAAUUACUUGGACAACCAACUCAUUGAUCUUCCGCAACUGGACAGCCCGAGCCUCAAUUCCCCAAGCUUGCCAUCAAGAGAAGGUUUCCAGCAUAACCUAAUCGCGGCUGAUCAGGAAGAAGUCUGUAAUGAAGAUAGCAGCCAACUACAGUACAUUGAUGACUGGAAAAGUUUGGACAGUCUGCUCAUGUCACAGCUGACUGAUGCACCAAUGUUUUCAUUCCAAAAUUCGAUGAUAUUACCCCAGAAUGAAGAUCAUGUUAACCAUUUGCUUGGAUGCUAUCCUGGAUCGUAGCAAGUUCGUUGGUAAUUAAUUAACUAAUGAUCGAGAUGAAUUAAGUUACUUUGUUAUGGUAUAAUUAAAGUAGUAGAAGAGAUAAAGAAUGACGUUGUGAUGGAAGAGACAGUUCUGCAAGCAGAAUACAUCUCCUGCCAGCUAGCAUUAAUUAGGGUCUUUAGAAAAAGUAUUGUAAUAGUUCACUUGUUUCCUGUAAUCUUUUCAGUUUGCAUGAUUGUAUAUUGUGCAACAUUACACCAAUUUCCGCAUAUAUAACAAUAAAAAGGGUUGAAAGAU